CGCAGGUUGGUUGACUCGGGACACUUACAUCGCGCUAGCUCAAUCAUGACAAUUGUGAUUUCCUUAUUAGUUUGCUUCGGCAUUGCGGCGGGAAUAAACGGCGCGUCUGUUUUCACCGAUCGGCCCCCUGCUGGAAAGAUGCACACGGAAACUAAUUGGCAUCGUGUACCCGAAUCGCCUCAGUCAUCCGAUGAUUAUUGGGCGAAUCUCCGCUCGUCGCCAAGAAUUCUGUCGAGCGCCGACCGAUUCCAUCCGUCGAGUAUCGACAGGAUUUCUCCGCCCAAUCUGGACAGGAUCCCUCCUUUGACUAUCGACCAAAUUCAUCCUUUAAAUAUUGACAGAAUGAUGCCAGGGUCGAAUCUCGACCGAAAACUGUCAACAGACAUAGCGCACAGCAGUCACAGCUGUCAAAAGAUUCUCAUCGUCGAAUGCUUGUAAGAUUGGACUGUGCCUUAUAGCCUUUCUCCACUUUAUUUCAAGUUAGAUUAUUCGCUACUCUCUACGCUAUCUGCUUUAUCAAUAAAGGUCAAUAAUAAAACGAUAAUUCUGAUGACAAAUGCCCUACAGUUCCAGCUAUGUAUCCCACACCCUUCGAUCCAUUUCGUUGUAUAUUCGUGACUGCAAUCAAUACAUCAACAGAGUGUCAUGAUGGUUCUCUGCUGGGAAAAGAA